AUGAAGUUCACUUUCGCCGCCAUCACUGCCUUUGCUGCCACAGCAUUGGCCCAGAAUGUCCAGAUUGCCUCUCCCAAGGCUGGCCAGACUGUGCAGGCAGGACAGCAGGUGACGGUCCAGAUUGAGCGCCCGACUCCCCCCACCAACGUCGAGGAAAUGGCCAUCGCCAUCGGCCUGCAGUCCUGCGCCUCUGCCAAUUGCUACCCGGCCUCGGAGGUCCUGGGUCAGGUUCUGUACAAUGGCGCCUUUGACCCCGAGUACCACGAGUGGUACUUGCCCCAGUACCAGAACUUCACCGUGACCAUUCCCGAGGGCACUGCUUCGGGCAAGGCCGUGCUGGGUGUUGCUCAUGCCUCCCUUAUUGGGGCUUCGUUUGAGCCCUACCUCCAGACCCUCAGCCAGAACAUCACGAUCGCAUAG